GUGGCCUCCUAAGCGGCUCUGGGCGUCCUUGGAAGUUCCUGGCCUGCAGGUCAUGGCCGGUCCCGGGCAGGGUGGUGGGGCUAGGGCCCUGGACCUGCUCCGGGCCUUGCCGCGUGUGAGCCUGGCCAACUUGCAACCAAGUCCCGGCUCCAGGAAACCGGAGAGACGACCAAGAGGCCGGAGAAGAGGUAGAAAAUGUGGCAGAGGCCAUAAAGGAGAACGGCAGAGAGGAACUCGGCCCCGACUGGGCUUUGAGGGAGGCCAGACUCCAUUUUACAUCCGAAUCCCAAAAUAUGGGUUUAAUGAAGGACAUAGCUUCAGACGCCAGUAUCAGCCUUUGAGUCUCAAUAGACUGCAGUAUCUUAUUGAUUUGGGUCGAGUUGAUCCUACUCAGCCUAUUGACUUAACCCAGCUUGUCAAUGGGAGAGGUGUGACCAUCCAGCCCCUUAAAAGGGAUUAUGGUGUACAGCUGGUGGAAGAGGGUGCUGACACCUUUAAGGCGAAAGUUAAUAUUGAAGUACAAUUAGCUUCAGAACUAGCUAUUGCUGCAAUUGAAAAAAACGGCGGUGUUGUCACCACAGCCUUCUAUGAUCCAAGGAGUCUGGAAAUUCUCUGCAAACCUGUUCCAUUCUUUCUGCGUGGACAGCCAAUUCCAAAACGAAUGCUUCCUCCUGAAGCACUGGUACCGUAUUACACCGAUGCAAAGAAUCGUGGUUACCUGGCUGAUCCUGCCAAAUUUCCUGAAGCAAGACUUGAACUCGCCAGGAAGUAUGGUUAUAUUUUACCUGAUAUCACAAAAGAUGAACUCUUCAAAAUGCUCAGUACUCGAAAGGACCCCAGGCAAAUUUUCUUUGGUCUUGCUCCAGGAUGGGUGGUGAACAUGGCAGAUAAGAAAAUCCUAAAACCCACAGAUGAGAAUCUACUUAAAUAUUAUAGCUCAUGAAUUCUCUUCCAAGAAACAGAGUUGUUAACAAGUACUGGAAAAGGGACUAAAACAUGUUUUUUUCACUGCAUUUUCGUAAUGUAUAAUUCUCCAGAUUUCAGUGUAAUCAUCUCUCAUUUUCAUCUAAAAUUAAAAUAAAACUGCAAGAUACAAGGACUGGAUAGA